AUGGCCCGGUUCUCGAUAUUCGGGCUUUUGGCCCUAGCCGGUGCGGCAUCGGCUGCACACGAAUGUGUUUGGGUCACCGGAAAGGUCAUCUGCGAGCACGACCCGUCGAAGGAGCUCAACGUUGAGGUGCGCGUCUACGAUCGCGACUCGACGUUUUUCCUCACCAAGUUUAUCGACCCGGAUGACAUGAUGGGAGUGACGUUCACCAGCGAGUCCGGGCUUUUCCAGCUCGACGGCUGCGGUGACGAUUUCGACUGGCUGCCGGGACUUAAGAACCGACCGGAACCUUAUGUACAGAUUCGCCACUACUGCAACAGCGCCGAGGGAGAGACGAUCACCCUGCCCGAGUUCACCACGUUCGUCCCGGACACCUUUGAGAUUGGCGAGAUUCGGCUAGACUCCCCGGCAAUGCGCGCCAAGCUACGCAAAGACCGCGUCGAAAUCCCGAAA